AUGUCCCAGAUUCGGGUGGUGCCUGAGGAUUUCGGCGGGUGUUGGCAGCUGAGGCGGUGGACCGGCGUCCGUGGACCAGAAGAAAGAGGUGUCGUGAAAAUCCUGUUCUACGACGGAGAUGUCGGGCAAAACGGGGUUUCGCGAGCAUGCGCAAGCCCCAUAGUUGCUGCCGCUUCGCGAAGGCGCCUCAGUACGAAGCCGCCCGCUUUUCCAACCAUCCAGACCUGUCCUGCGCCGACAUGUCCCUGCGCCGCGACUCCCGAGAUGCCCGAGGGGCUCGAGAUCGAUCAGAAGACUCCCCUGAACGGCCUCAUCUCCAAUUAUGCCCAGCAUGUCCUCGUAUGCACGGGCAAGGACGAUUGGCCGUCGAGGAUAGAGGAGGAAAACAGCGGCGACAAUCUGGCCGCGGACCUGCGGGAGCUCGUUGGCCGCGGGGGCGUCUACAACGACCCUUUCAAUAACAUCUCUGUCCUGAACUCGUCUUUCCCGUCCUCGGUACCCCAGCGAACGGAGCUGCAGACGGCAUCCGUAUACAUGCUCCCUGCCUUCAAAUACGUCCCCUUCAUCCCGCGCGUGUCCUUCGACAGCGUCGAGGCGCUGGCCAAGGGCUACCUCCUCCCCGAGAAGCUGCACUCCGCGCAUGACGGGCUGUCGCCGAUCCACCGGGACAGGUUACUCCGGAAGCCCGCCUACCAGAGCUUGCUGUGGGGCGUGCGGGAUGUAGACGACAUCCUGGUGCUGAUAUGCGGACACGGCGGGAGGGAUAUGCGGUGCGGUGUCAUGGGUCCUGCGCUACGUCAAGAGUUCGGUGACAGGCUCCCCGAGCGGGGCAUCGAGGUCCUGUCCGGCCCGGUUGAAGCCGAGGUGCCAAAUGCGGGUGCUAUCGCGGGCGAUGUUUCCAACCGCAUGUACACGUCCCGAAUCGGCCUGAUCAGCCACAUUGGAGGGCAUAAAUUUGCGGGUAACCUAAUCAUCUACUUGCCGCCACACCUGAAAACAGAAGAUGGAUCGGCACACCCGCUGGCUGGUCAUGGGGUCUGGUACGGGAGAAUUGAACCGAGACACGUCCAGGGCCUGAUCAAGGAGACGAUUCUGAAGGACUCCUUCGUCCCCUUCACCAUCGUCUCGAAGGAGCAGAUCUCCCCCACGGCCUUCAUCCUGACCGUCCGCCCCAAGCACAGCGGGCCCCCCUCUCGGCUAACCACCUUCUUCCUCGCCACGCACGCCGACUCCCCCGCCACCCUCCUCGACUCCCCCGUCCCCCGGUUCCGGUUCUACUGGCCCCUCUUCCUCCGCCUCGCCCACUCCAGCGGACCCGCCAUCUCCGCCGCCCGGUCGCACGGUCUCUGGUCCGUCGAGGUCCGCCAGCCCCAGCUGCAGGUGGCGCGCGAGUACACGCCCCUACCACCCCUCAGCCCCUCCGAAGGCGCAGAGUCCGACGACGACGGCUCCCUGCGCUUCCUCGUCCGCCGCCUCGCGGGCGGCGAGGUCUCGUCGUACCUGGCCGGCCUGCGCGUCGGCGACGACGUCGACCUCCGCGGGCCGCACCUCGGCUACGACGUGCGGGCCCGCCUCGGCGGUGCCGGUUCCGGUGCCGGUGCGAGAGGCGGAACGGUCGUCUUCCUCGCCGGCGGGACGGGCGUCGCGCCGGCGUUGCAGGUCGCAAGCGCGCUCCUGGACGGGGAUGGGGACGAUGGGGAUGCGAAACCCACCGUCUCGAUCGUCUGGGCCAACCGGCAGCGCCCCGACUGCAAGGGCUGCGACGGAGAAGGAGAAGGGAAGUUGAACGGGGGAAAUGGGAGGAACGCAAUCGUCGCGCAGCUCGCCGACAUGCAGGCGCGGCACCCGGGCAGGCUCACGGUCCGGUGCGCCGUCGACGAGGAGCGGACCUUCAUCACCGCGGCGGACGUCACUCGCGCCGCCUCCUCCUCCUCCUCCUCCUCCUCCCCCGCCCCCGCCUCCGCCUCCGCCUCCGCCUCCGCCGAGUGCCGGCUCCACGCCCAGAAAUGGGUCGCGGCUCGACCCGCGAGGGAAGUCCCCGGGGAGGAAUGCGCCUGCGCAACCCCCGGCAACAACAAGAAUAAGAAGAACCUCCUCUUCGUGUCUGGGCCGGAUGGGUUCGUGGAGGCGUAUGCCGGCCCCAAGAGGUGGGCGGGGGGCCAUGAGCUGCAGGGCCCUGUGUCGGGACUGCUUGGUCGGCUGAGGAGGCAGGACCCCGAGUUAUGGCGGGACUGGCUUGUUUUAAAGCUGUGA